UAACAGAACAGUUGGUUGAAGCGUCUGUACCUAAGAAGGUUAUCUAUCUCCUUCUUUGAUGACGAAACCCUCUUCUAUUUGUAUUUCUAUCCUUUCCUUUCCCUCGAGGAUGGAUAAAGAAAUAAAGAGAAAAUGUCAGUUUCAGAUGCCCCAUUUCUACAAAUACACAAUAGAAAAACAAUUAACUUACAAAAGAGGCUGUGAAAGAGACAUCGAAGGAAAUGCCGCGGCAACAACAACAACAACAACUGUACUAGCCAGCCUGUGUUUAGCCAAACAAAUCCCAAUAUUUUUAUACCAUUUACUUUGAUUGACACAAACGAAACUCACCCAGAAAUGGAGACUUGUUCUUCUGCCAAUUCUGAAGAUAUCUUCAGGAACUCUUCUUCUUCCUCUUCUUCGAGUUCGGGAAGUAGCGGCGGCGGCGGCAGUAGAAAUAGCAACUCAAGAAGAUAUGGGAUCAAUAUAUCAGCAUCGAAUUUGAUACAUGCUCCAUUGACGACCCUUUUGGAAUACUCGGGUAUUCUAAGAGGAGGAGGAAACGCCUCCUCCGCUGUUCAAGAAAGGGAGCAAUUGAUUCUUCCUCCUCCUUCUUCUGCUGCCACACAGUCUACCACUGGUGCUCACCACCAGGAGGUUACUAUUAGGAUAGUUGGUGCUGCAGAUUCUAAUGUUGCCUCUACUGUUGAGGCGAUGCCCGCGUCAUCAGAUGAUCAACCUGGUGGAGCUGUUGCUCCCCAAACCCCAGGCGCAGAUGGGGCUUCCGCGAUCGCCACAGGCCCCUCUUCCUCUUCUCAUGCUCCUUCUCCGCCUCCUUCUUAUCAGAGAUAUGAUAUUCAGAACUUCGCUAGGUGGAUUGAGCAAAUUCUUCCAUUCUCUUUGCUGCUUCUACUUGUUUUCAUUCGCCAACAUUUACAAGGGUUUUGUGUGGCAAUGUGGAUUGCUGCAGUUUUGUUCAAAUCAAAUGAUAUUCUAAAGAAGCAGACAGCUCUAAAGGGGGACAGAAAGAAUUCUAUUAUUGUAACUAUUACUUUAGGGUUCAUGCUUCAUGUGAUGUCAAUUUAUUGGUGGUAUAGAAAUGAUGAUCUUCUAUAUCCAUUGGUCUUACUUCCUCCGAGCACAAUACCUCCUUUCUGGCAUGCUUUAUUUAUCAUCGUGGUAAAUGAUGCUAUGGUGCGGCAGGUUGCAAUGGCCUUCAAAUGUAUACUUUUGAUGCAUUACAAGAAUAGUAGAGGGCACAAUUACCGUAAGCAGGGUCAAAUGCUAACCUUGGUCGAGUAUUUUUUGUUAUUGUACCGUUCCUUGUUGCCAGCACCUGUCUGGUAUAGGUUCUUUUUAAACAAAGAGUAUGGAAGCUUUUUUUCUUCAUUAAUUACAGGAUUGUACUUAACUUUCAAGCUUACAUCGGCCUUGGGAAAGGUUCAAUUGUUCUUUACUGCAUUGAGGGCUCUAUCAUGUAAAGAAAUGAACCAUGUUUCUUACGCCACAUCCGAACAGGUCAAUGCUGCUGGAGAUCUCUGUGCUAUUUGCCAGGAGAAGAUGCAUGCGCCAAUUUUGCUGCGUUGUAAACACAUAUUCUGUGAGGAAUGUGUAUCAGAAUGGUUUGAGCGAGAAAGGACAUGUCCAUUGUGCAGGGCAUUGGUCAAACCUGCAGAUAUCAGGUCAUACAGUGAUGGUUCAACUAGUUUGUUUUUCCAGUUAUUCUAAGAUCUGCUGCUUGCUGAAAACCCAGGACCAUUUCUACUUGCAAAACAAAUGUCACUUUUGCUUUUCCAUUUCAUAUCUUCUCUCCAUCAAGUAUAGUUUAUAUUUGUAUCCAGGUGGAAUCAUAUGCCUAUUUACUGUAAUUUGUAAUCCAUUGAUGAUAUAGCCCCUUUCUUCCCAUUUCAUAUGUUCACAUUAUUAAUAAUUAACCGCAUGAAAUUCUUGUUCUAUA